AUGUUUCUCCCGCAGCCCCUUCCGCGUGUCCUAACCACUGAAGAGAUUGUUCCAGCGAUGCACCGCAUAAUCAAUGAAUACAAUACCAUCCGAGCCCAAAUCGUUCAAACCACUACUCCUACCACUGCAACGUUCAACAAUGUCAUGCUUCCCUUGGCGCAGGUUGAAAAUCUUGUCCAAGGCGAGCUAGGCAUGAUUGACAUGCUCCAGUAUGGGUCUCCAUCCCUGGCGACCCAAGGAGCGUUCGAUGAGGCCAGAAAGCUGUACCACAAAGCCUCAGCACUGUGGACAGCAGAUGAAAAGUUUUUCCGACUUCUCCAAGCGGCAAGAGACAAGCCGGAUUUUCAGACGCUGGAAGCGGAAUCGCAGCACUUGCUGGAGAAGGAGCUGUUGGAGUAUAAGCAUGCCGGACACGGCAUCCUAGGACUUGCGGAGUUGGGGGAGUACCAGAAGUCGAAAAUGGAGAUUUCAGAUCUAGAAAGAAAGUUUCAGCAGAAUUUGGCCAGGGACUCCGGAGGGAUGUGGUUUACGCUGGAGGAGUUGGACGGGGUGCCAGCAGAUGAGUUGGCGAAGUGGAAGGAUAAUCCAGAGCAAGUGGCACUGAUCAGUGAAAAGCACCAAGAAAAGAAGAAGUUCGUGCCUUUUGCAAAUGGAGGAACGCUAGCUGUCUUGACGCAUGCCCAUUCCCCAGAAACUCGCAAAACAAUGUUCCUAGCGGAUAAUUUGAAGCUGAAAGAGAACAAGCCGCUCUUGGAGGAAAUUAUCAAGCGCCGUGCCCAUCAAGCACAAUUCCUUAAAUACACGACUCACGCGGAAUUCAGGAUAGAGAGGCGUAUGGUGAAGACCACAGAAUGGGUGAAGGAGUUUCUGGGCCAACUGCGGACAACGCUCUGUCCGCGUGGCCGAGGUGAGAUUGCAGUAUUGCAGAAUCGACGCCUGGAAGAUCUGAGAGCGAGAGGAAAAUACAGUGAUGGGCAAGAAAAGUCGGGGUUCCCUCCGUGGGAAAAGCGAUACUAUGAGCAGCUGGUGCAACGGGAGUUUGAAAUUGACCAGCUGAAGAUCUCAGAGUUCUUCCCCUUGGAGAGAACUGCAACCAAUAUGCUAGGCAUUUUUGCCUCUUUACUUGGUCUUCGAUUUGAUUCCAUCCCAGAAGAAAGACUGGCUGGGGAUUUCAUCUGGCAUGAUACUGUGCGAGGGUUCUCUGUAUGGGAUACGAGAGACGAUGGGUUCAUUGGAUACCUCUAUUUUGAUUUAUUGUGGAGGGAAAAUAAGUAUCGCGGCAACCAAAGCGUGAAUAUUCAAUGUGGACUGCCACCUGACUUUGGUGAGAUGCCUAGCAUCAUGCUUGAGAAUUGGUGCUGGAUGAAAGAUGUCCUAGAGGGACUCAGCUGCCAUUACACCACACUUGAUGAGAAUUAUAUGGCAGAUUGGCGGAAACAACACCCCAGCGAGCCAGACCCGCCGAGAAAAAUCCCAGAGGGGUUGGUAGAGAACCUUGUCGAACAUCGGUCAAUAUCGAUCUUCGAUCUACAGAUACACUCACUAAGUACGGAUAAGGAGAUUACGGAUCUCGAUAUCCAGAAAUUGUGGUAUGAUCUCCGCGAGGAGAUAGAGGGAAUGGAUUUUUCGGAAUGUAGAAAUGGAUUUGCGUUUGGGACGUUCACUCAUCUAACGGCUGGUUAUGAUGUUUGUUACUAUGCCUACUUAUGUUGCACGGCCAUGGCCCAGGAUUUGUUCCUCUCUGUCUUUGCCCACGACCCAUACAACAAAGAUACUUGGGACAAAUACCGCCGAGGAAUUCUGGAAUAUGGUGGAAGGGAGCAGAACCUAUUGUUAAUGCUGGAGCGCUUUCUCGGACGACCCCCGAACAUGAAUGCCCUUGUGGAAAGUAUAUCACGGUCAGAAAGCCGGCGCUAG